UGGGGGCAGGCCUGGCCGCCCCCGUUCACCCUCGCAAACACGCCCCAAAUGGCUGUUCCUGGCCGGAGAUCCAUCCUUCCCUUGCCGCUUGCCGCUCCAAAUGCGAAUGCAGCUUCCCGCCUUCCUCGCCGACCAUCGCCGCCUCCGCCGCGUCCUCUCCUCCUCCUCCUCCUCCUCUCCCACCACGGUCGCGGCGCUCACCCGCCUACACGCGCUCCUCGUCGUUUCCUCCUCCCAGAACCUCUUCCCCUCGCUCGCCGCCGCAUACGCCCGCGUCGGCGCGCUCGACGCUGCCGAGUCCACACUCGCCGCCUCCCCCUCCUCCCGCUCCUGCAUACCCGCCUGGAACGCGCUCCUCGCCGCGCGCUCCCGCGCCGGCUCCCCCGGCGCCGCGCUCCGCGUCUUUCGCGCGCUCCCUUCCUCCGCGCGGCCCGACAGCACCACCUUCACGCUCGCGCUCACCGCGUGCGCGCGCCUCGGGGACCUCGACGCCGCUGAGGCCGUCAGGGUCCGCGCGUUCGCGGCCGGAUACGGUCGCGACGUGUUCGUCUGCUCGGCGCUGCUCCACGUCUACUCGAGAUGCGGCGCCAUGGGAGACGCCAUCAGGGUGUUCGAUGGAAUGCCGAGGAAGGACCACGUCGCGUGGAGUACGAUGGUUGCUGGGUUCGUGAGCGCUGGGAGACCGGUGGAGGCGCUUGGGAUGUACAGUAGGAUGAGGGAGCAUGGCGUGGCAGAGGAUGAGGUAGUCAUGGUUGGGGUCAUACAAGCGUGCACAUUAACUGGGAACACCCGAAUGGGGGCCUCUGUUCAUGGCCGUUUCUUACGGCAUGGUAUGAGGAUGGAUGUUGUUAUUGCCACGAGCCUUGUGGACAUGUAUGCCAAGAACGGGCAUUUUGAUGUGGCACGCCAAGUGUUUAGGAUGAUGCCAUACAGGAAUGCUGUCUCAUGGAACGCGCUCAUUUCUGGGUUUGCGCAGAAUGGCCAUGCAGAUGAGGCACUUGAUUUGUUCAGAGAGAUGUCAACUUCAGGGCUUCAGCCUGAUUCAGGGGCACUUGUUAGUGCACUGCUUGCUUGCGCUGAUGUGGGAUUCCUGAAGCUAGGGAAAUCGAUACAUGGUUUCAUCUUGAGGAGGCUUGAGUUCCAAUGUAUUUUGGGUACGGCUGUCCUUGACAUGUAUUCCAAAUGCGGCUCCCUGGAAAGUGCCCGGAAGCUUUUCAAUAAGCUUUCCUCAAGAGACUUGGUUUUGUGGAAUGCGAUGAUUGCAUGCUGUGGCACUCAUGGAUGUGGUCAUGAUGCCCUUGCUCUGUUCCAAGAACUGAAUGAAACUGGAAUAAAGCCUGAUCAUGCAACAUUUGCUUCUCUUCUGUCGGCUCUGAGCCACUCUGGUCUUGUGGAAGAAGGGAAAUUCUGGUUUGAUCGCAUGAUUACGGAGUUUGGAAUUGAACCCACAGAAAAGCACUGUGUAUGUGUAGUUGAUCUCCUAGCACGUUCUGGUCUUGUGGAAGAAGCCAAUGAAAUGCUCGCAUCAAUGCAUACUGAACCGACCAUUCCAAUUUGGGUUGCUCUUCUUUCAGGUUGCUUGAAUAACAAGAAGCUAGAGCUUGGCGAAACCAUAGCGAAAAAGAUCCUUGAGUCACAACCUGAAGACAUUGGUGUCCUUGCACUGGUAUCAAAUCUCUAUGCUGCUGCAAAGAAGUGGGACAAGGUCAGGGAAAUCAGGAAGCUAAUGAAGGAUAGUGGCAGCAAGAAAGUGCCUGGCUACAGCUUGAUAGAGGUCCAUGGAACACGUCAUGCGUUCGUGAUGGAAGACCAGAGCCACCCUCAGCAUCAGGAGAUCCUGAAAAUGAUCUCGAAGCUCAGUUUUGAGAUGAGGAAGAUGGGCUAUGUUCCAAGAACAGAGUUUGUGUACCAUGACCUGGAUGAAGACGUGAAAGAGCAGCUUCUCAGCUACCACAGUGAGAGGCUGGCCAUCGCCUUUGGUUUGCUGAACACCAGCCCUGGAACGAGACUCGUGAUCAUCAAGAACCUCAGGGUCUGUGGUGAUUGCCAUGAUGCCAUCAAAUAUAUCUCAAAGAUUGUGGAUAGGGAGAUUGUUGUUAGAGACGCGAAGCGGUUCCACCAUUUCAAAGACGGAGCCUGUUCUUGUGGAGAUUACUGGUGAUCGUCUGUCGAGGCACACAUGUCCACUCUGUAGCUUGGGCAGUCUGCUCUCCUAGUGCUGAUUUUUUGGUCCAGUUGACUGCAAAGAACCAGCAGAAUGAAUAUCUGUUGUGUUAGGGAGGGAGGGAGCCUCAAACAUCCUUUGAUGCAAAACAAACAGUUCUCUGAACCUUGUGCUGAUUUUGGUUUAGUUGACUGGAAAGAACCAACAUAAAAGAAGAGCAGUUGUCAUGUUCAUGCAAAUCGGACCUCAACAAUCCUUUGAUUCACUAGUAGACAAAAGGAUAAAGAGAUGAAAUGCUGAAAGAAGUUUCCUCCAGUCAACUGAAGUACUAAAUGGUCCUCUUAAACAAUAUUUUGAUGCAAACACAUAGUUGGCCAGGUCUGUCUCUUUCUUUCUUACAGCAUCCACUUACCUUAUCAAUGGAGUCGUAGCAUAUAGCUCUGCAGCCAGGGAGAAUCGCCGGGACCAUGCAUUAUUUUUCCUGACCUGGAAUGACAACCUAAGCAUCUUGGAACUAACGGCAGAUGAAGCGAAAGUUGAGAUGCACACAGUUCUGUGUUUUCGCCUCUCAGCCUACGUCCAAAACCAAAAGCAUGGGGAACGCGCAACUCAGCAUGUUGAACUUUCUCGACAGCGUUACUACAAUCCAUUGGAACAUGGACAAAGGAUGAACAACUGUAUGAUUUGGUUGAACAACGGGUUCAAAGCAGGGUGUAGAGUCAUACUAGGCUUACACAUUAAUACUAGUUGUACAACUCAGUCACUCAGACAUAGAGGUAUGGCCAUUUCCUUUCAGCAAAACACUCUGAUUUGUGAGGGAAAAAGAAAUCUGCCAAGUCCAUGGGUCGAAGGAAGAUUUCACCAGGAUUCUUGUCAUGUCGUCUCCACGAUAAGAAAAUGUUCCAUCAGGGUCAGAGCUAUGGCUUGUCACUGGGGUCAACUGACCCUGACGAAUUUUAUGGAUUCCAAUGGAAAAUUGCUGUAUAUAGUGCUAAUAGUUCCUAAUGACCCCUACUCAUUCUCUGAUAAGACCCCAGUUGUCAUCUGGCCUGGAUUUGCCCUUUGGGUUCCAUCAUUCCACAUUCCAUUGCUAUCCUCAAAUCAGAGCAUCUGCUGUUCCAUUUUGGCAAUUUGACUGCUCCAGCCUCAGGAUUAUGAGGAAAACAACCAUAGUGUGAAGGAUCAUGCUAACCCCCGCUGGCAAAGUGACCCCUGUGCUCAUGAAGCUUCAAGUGAGCUAUUUGACAGUGGCAGGCACAUGGAGCUGCUUUAGGAGAUGUGAAGAGUGCUACAGGAGCAAAAUCACAAGAUGCAAUCCAUGUUAGGGAGAAUCAAGAGCUCAAUGAAAAGUACCAUUCCUAACAGCAGGGUAAGAACUGCAGUAUCGUUCCAUUCAGCAAGAGGAACGAUGACUCCGGAGUAACGUCGGGCAUGUUGCUGCGAUGCGGCGAUCACCGCCCGGAGGCAGGUCUUCACCCGGACCCGGUCCUUGGUUCCCGACUCCCCUAUCCUGUCGGUGUUGCCCUCUUUUCGUUGAGCCAUUGUAGAUGCCGUCACAUUCUCCAAGGGCCUUGUUUAGUUCCAAAAAUUUUACAAAAUUUUUCAGAUUCCCCGUCACAUCAAAUAUUUAGACGUAUACAUGGAGUAUUAAAUAUAGAUGAAAAUAAAAACUAAUUGCACAGUUUGGUCAGAAUUGACGAGACAAAUUUUUUAAGCCUAGUUAGUUCAUAAUUGGACAAUAUUUGUCAAAUACAAACGAAAGUGUUACUAUUUCUAUUUUGCAAAAAAAUUUGGAACUAAACAAGGCCCAAAUCUAUGCGACAGGUUUAGCCUUUUGCUCUGUUCUCAGCGCGUUUGUGCACAGAUUGUGGGAUUUCCAUCCGACCACAGCCCGUGCUUGGCCCGGAGCAGCGAGGUUCGUCUCUGGACUCUUGGCUGCUCUUUUAGGUACGGAUCGUACGGUGGUAGUUCCUGCGAUUCUCUA